CAUACACAAUUCGGUAUUUGUGUAGUGAUUACGAUCGAGCGUUCUAUUGAUACGGUGAUGUUUUUGCGUUCGCCUAUGUUUUUCGCAUGAUCAACUAUGUUGUAUUCAGUAAAUUAACGAAAUAUUAAAUAAAUCUUUACGGUUCUAUAGAAAAAAUAUUUUAUCAUAAAAUUGCAAAUCAGAUGAUGGACGGACACUUCAAAAUGUAUAAUUUUAUUUGAGUGAUAACGUCGGUCACUACGAGCACAAAAAUGGAAUAUGCAUUGGUGUCUUACGUGUGCCUAUGAACUUUGUAAUUUGGACGACAACACAGAUUGGCAAUUUUUGACUUGUAAUGCAUUGAAAAAAUGGAGCCUUUGUUGUCGCAGUAAAAAGUGUUAUAUGAAGGCUGUGGCCGAAAUUUUCGUUUAAAUAUGUCCUCUGAUCCUUCAGAAUCUAACGUUAAUAGGACAGACAAUAUUAAAUCGAUUCGUAGUAUUGAAAUCAGUUCUGCGUUUACGCAUUUAUUACAAAAAACAGAAAUGACCAGAGAAUCAAUGGUGACCAGUUAUUCAACGGGUGAGGCAUUAGGCGAUAAGCCAUUGGAAUUGGUUCGACCCACAAACCAUGUUCAAGAGGCAAGCGCUAUCCACAACCAGAUACUAGAGUUGAAAAAACAGCAGCAACUUCAGCAACAAUAUUUGCUGGAACAAUUCCAAGCGCAACAACAACAGUUGGCCGAACAACAUGAGCAACAACUACGACAACACCUCAAAUCGUGUGUUAUGCAGGAACUGUGGGAAAAGAAACGGGAACUGGAGGAAAAGGAGCAGAGGGAAAAAAAGGAGGAAGAAAAAAUGGAGACCAUUAAGAAAAAAGAAAAACGCGAACAGAGCGCCAUUGCAUCAUCAGAAGUGAAACAGAUUUUACAAGGUUUUUUACUUAGUAAAAAACAUAGAGAAGCCGCGUCUAGCAGUUCUUCACAGCCCCAGCAACAAUACCUUGGCUGGGGUGUUUUACAAUCUCAACAGUCUGAACCUAAUGUGAUGCCGAGUAGUUUAAGUCCUUCUUCUAGCGGAUCAAAUAUAACACCAUACAGACUUGUUGGACGUUACGAAGAUGAUUUUCCUUUAAGAAAAACUGCAUCCGAACCAAAUUUGCUCAAAAUCAGACUGAAACAGCGCAUGUUCGACAGACGUAACAAUCCAAUUUCACGACCUAAAGAUCGUAUCACCAACAAAGUGUCUAAAUUAGCAAUAGAAACUUCACCAUCUGGUAGUACGCCUGGUUCUGGACCAAAUUCUCCACCUAUAAAUGUAUCAAAUUGUCGAAAUUCACCUUCGAUAGGAGCCACAACUCCUAUUAAAGAAGAAUCAGAUAUGACAUUUGGUCAUAUGUCAAAUAAUAAUGCUGAACAAAGUAACAGUGUUGCUGAUCUCUCUGCAUUAUAUACAAGUCCUUCUAUGCCUAAUAUAUCAUUGGGUAGACCUCCAUCAAAUACGGAUGGAUCAAAAUUAUUAACUUCAGUAUCAGAAGCUGAAGUUAGAGCAGCUUUUACCGCAAGACUAGGUGUUCCAUUAACAGGUCAAAUGUUAUCUAGUACAUUACCUUAUUACCCCACACUUCCUUUAUUGGAUACUUCUCAAAAUUUGAUUAAAAAACAAAUUCAAAGUUUAGAAUCUAAAUCAGCUGCUCCUUCAUUUCAUGCUGCACCUAUUACUGAUACUCAGGUAGCUCAUGCUCGAUUGAACAAAGCUGGUCAUAGACCUCUGGGUCGAACCCAGUCAGCUCCAUUACCUCUUGGACACCCAAUGUUAAAUAAUAUGACAUCUGGUCAUCAUUUAGGAAUUCAUUAUGAAGAUUAUGAACCUUUACAACAACAAAUUAGUGCUCAUAAUUAUUUAAAACAACAAAUUCGAAAUACUGUUUUGACAAGAGUGGGUAGUCGAGCUCAUUUAGCUACCAGUACUUUAAUAAAUGAAGAUCAAGAAGAUGAUCCUAAAGUAAUUGAUUUAACUGGUGGUCCUCGAACAUUGACAGAUAAUGGUAUAAAGAACAAAAGUCAAACAUUUCUUCAACAGCAACGGGAUUUAAUGAUGCGGCAAACUUCUCAAUCCAAUGACAUUGCAGCUUUUACAAACAGGAAUCCUCAUGUUGCUAUUCCUCUAGUUAAAACAUUUUCAAGUCCUUUGGUUGCUGGUGUUAAUGUAGGUGGUAUAAUAACCUCCGAUAAUUCCAGUACAUCAACUUAUCAGUCCUCUAGUAUUCACUCUUCUAUGCACAAACUUGCAGGAAGUCCUCAUAGGCCUACUACAGGUUUAGCAUUUGAUAGUUUGAUGUUAAAACAUGCUUGUAAGUGUGGUAAUAACUCAUUACAUCCAGAACAUAGUGGCCGUUUACAAAGUGUGUGGGCUAGACUUAUUGAAACAGGAUUAGCUAGGAAAUGUGAUAGACUAAGACCACGUAAAGCUACAUUAGAAGAGUUGCAGACUUGUCAUUCUGAACCCCAUACUCUAUUAUUUGGGACUAAUCCAUUGAAUCGUCAAAAAAUUGAUAGUGCAAAAUUAGCUGAGUUGCCAUUAAAAAGUUUAGUUCGAUUACCUUGUGGUGGGUUAGGUGUUGAUUCAGACACCACUUGGAAUGAGCUCCAUACAGCUUCAGCAGCUAGAAUGGCCGUUGGUUGUGUGGUUGACUUAGCUUUCAAAACUGUCAUGGGUGACAUUAAAAAUGGAUUUGCUAUUGUUAGACCUCCAGGACAUCAUGCAGAAGCAAAUCAAGCUAUGGGAUUUUGUUUUUUCAACUCAAUUGCUAUUGCUUGUCGUUUACUUCAACAGCGCCAAGAUGUUCGACGAAUUCUAGUGGUUGACUGGGAUGUGCAUCAUGGUAAUGGAACACAACAAAUAUUCUACGAGGAUCAAAGGGUAUUAUACUUAUCAAUACAUCGCCAUGAUGAUGGUAAUUUUUUUCCAGGAACUGGUGCACCAUCAGAAUGCGGUAUUGGAAGUGGUUUAGGAUACAAUGUUAAUAUUGCUUGGAGUGGUGGCUUACAGCCACCACUAGGUGAUGCCGAAUAUUUAGCUGCUUUCCGAUCAGUUGUUAUACCUAUUACAAAAGCAUAUGCUCCUGAAAUAAUUUUAGUAUCUGCUGGGUUUGAUGCAGCAUCUGGUCAUCCUGCUCCUCUUGGUGGUUAUAAUGUAACACCUGCUUGUUUUGCAUACAUGACUCAACAGCUCAUGCAAAUAGCUGAUGGAAAAGUGGUUUUAUCUCUUGAAGGUGGGUAUGAUUUAACUGCCAUUUGUGAUAGUGCUGAAGAAUGUGUCCGAGCUUUACUUGAAGAAGAUGUGACACCAAUUCUUGAAGCAGAACUUCGACGUACUCCUUGUCAAAAUGCUAUUAUCACAUUACAAAAAACAAUAGCCAUACAAUUGCCUCAUUGGCCUAUUCUUAAAAACUUUGUUCACACCGUGGCAUGUAGUGCAAUUGAAGCUACAAUUUGCGAAGAGAAUGAUACGGUCAGUGCUAUGGCCUCUUUAUCUAUGACUAGACACCGAAUUCAUUCAGAUAACUGUGAAGAACCUAUGGAAGAAGAUGACAACGAAGAAAUUCAUAAAUAAAUGUA